AUGACUGACCAGGACGAUAAGCCAACAACCGAUACCCGUGACAUUCACACCAAUAACCCCGGUGAAUGGAACCUGAAAAGCGUUCUCCCAAAUACCGGCAAGCCAUGGUACAAUCACCGUCAUCUUCUGCUCCUCAAUCUUGGAAUGAUUGUUCCUUAUCUAUCCUCGACGACCAACGGCUAUGACGGAUCCAUGCUCAACGGUCUUCAGUCGAUGAGCCAAUGGCAGGACUUCUUCGGCCAUCCGACCGGUACCCGCUUGGGCUCGCUUUCUAACGGAGUGAUCUUCGGUCAGAUCGCUGCUUUCCCCAUCGCUCCUUGGCUCUGUGACCACAUGGGCCGACGGUUCCCAAUCUUCCUCGGAUCGAUACUCCUAGUCAUUGGAGCCAUCCUUCAAUGUGCUGCGCAGAACUAUGCGAUGUUUUUGGUCGCCCGUAUGGUGAUCGGAUUCGGUGGUCUCAUUGCCGUCGAAGCAUCACCCCUGUUGGUUAGUGAAUUGGCGUAUCCGACCCAUCGAUCUGUUUUAGUCGGUUACUAUAACAACCUCUGGUAUCUUGGAGCUUUGCUUGCCGCAUGGAUCACAUACGGAACCUACUUUAUGGGCCCAAACUUGUCAUGGGCCUGGCGCAUCCCGUCUCUUCUACAGGGAUUCUUGCCCCUGUUGCAAGUCCUGUUCAUCUAUAUGCUUCCCGAGUCGCCCCGAUACCUCGUUCAGAGAGACCGCUACGAAGAAGCCCGAAAGGUGUUGACUAAGUACCACGCUGGCGGAGACGAGGACUCUCCGCUGGUCGACUUCGAGAUGAAAGAAAUUAUUUUAUCAAUCCAGACCGCGAAAGGAGCUUCUCGGGCUGGCUAUCGCGAGUUUCUAAGCACUAAGGGCAACUUGCAUCGCCUUUCUAUCAUCAUUGCAGUGCCUUGCAUGAUGCAGCUGUCUGGCAACGGUCUCAUCGCCUACUAUCUUCAUCUCAUUCUCAACUCCAUUGGCUUCACUUCGGAUCCGCAGCAGCUCCGUAUCAACGGUGGUUUGACAGUAUUCAACUUGGGAGUUUCAAUUAUCCUAGCUUCGUUUAUGGAGGUGGUUGGUCGACGACGCCUGUUCCUUUUCUCCACAGUGGGCAUGUUGACCUGCUAUGUGAUUUGGACAAUUCUCUCAGCAAUCAAUGAACAGCGUCAUUUCGAAGAUACCACUCUCGGAACUGGCGUGAUCGUGAUGAUUUUCAUGUAUCAGCUCUUCUACAACGCCGGUCUCAAUGGGCCGCCAUGGGUUUAUGUCACUGAAGUGCUUCCUACCCACCUCCGUGCCAAGGGAACGAAUAUCAUGCAGAUCGCGGCUACAUGUGCUAUUCUCUUCAAUGGAUAUGCCAACCCCGUGGCAAUGGAUGCGAUCAGCUGGAAAUACUAUAUUGCUUAUUGUUGUGUGAUUGGUGUUGAGAUCGUGCUUGUCUAUUUCGGUUUCCCCGAAACCAAGGGUCGUAGUUUGGAAGAGGUUGCCUUAAUUUUCGAUGGAGACAAGGCCUUCGGUGGCGUCUAUGAGAAGCAAAGCCCCGAAGGAGUUUAA